CGAAGAUAUAUGCUAGUGGAGAUCCCUCGCGUUGUACACACCAGACGACUCCAUCAAGGAUUAGUUAGUUUACACCGUGAGGAAGCACUCGCUCCGCUGGCUGAUCAUCCGAAAAUGUCUUGACUUAUUGUCCUAGCCAACAGAAACUGGAAUUCAUUUAACCACCUUCCUUAGUCGCUCUAGGCAAGAGCGAACGGCUGCCCACUUUCACGCAACGGAAACGUCCACGAACCCCCAGAGUUGUAGUGGCCAAUGAGGUGUGCGCAGAGCUUGGCGUCAACCUGCAGCAGCCAAUGGGAAAGAGGCGCGCAUGUCCGACUUACGCGCAUCAGAACUCUUCCCGGUUGUUGGGGUUCUUGGCAAGAUGGCCACCAAGCGCAAAUCUGCAGAGACCGAGACAGGGGAGAGCAGUGGCAGCAACCGUCUCAGUAAGCGAGUGGCAGCGGGUAGCCAACCAGAAGCAGGCAGCCAGCGGGAUGCAGACGCGCGGUUUGUAGACGGCUCGAUCAAGAGGAUCACAAUGGAGAACUUCCUGACUUAUGAUAACUGUGAAGUGUAUCCAGGACCCCAUUUAAACAUGAUAGUGGGAGCUAAUGGAACAGGAAAAUCAAGUAUUGUUUGUGCAAUAUGCCUGGGAUUGGCAGGAAAACCUUCCUUCAUAGGACGAGCAGACAAGGUUGGCCACUAUGUGAAGCGGGGUUGCAACAAAGGAAUAGUUGAAAUUGAGGUGAUUAGGAAUCCAACCAAUCUCAUUAUCACGCGAGAAAUUUCUGUAGAGAACAACCAAUCGACUUGGCGUAUUAACCAUAAAUCUGUCACCCUCAGAAUGGUAGAGGAAGAGGUUUCAGCCUUAAAUAUCCAAGUAGGCAAUCUGUGCCAGUUUCUUCCACAGGACAAGGUUGGAGAAUUUGCAAAAUUAUCCAAGAUUGAACUACUGGAAGCUACAGAGAAAUCUGUUGGUCCUCCAGAAAUGUACAAAUUUCACUGUGAUCUAAAGAACUUCAGGCAGAGAGAACGUGAACUUGAGAAUUCAUGCAAGGAGAAAAAUAGUACCCUAGAAAAAAUGAAGCAAAAGAAUGAAAGAUAUAAGCAAGACGUGGAGCGAUAUCAUGAACAUAAGCGCCAUUUAGAUUUAAUUGCAAUGCUUGAGAGAAAAAGGCCCUGGCUGGUCUAUGAAGAUGUCCGUAAGCAGUAUCAAGAGGUGAAACAAAGUCGAGAUCAACAGAAGGAGGAAUUGAAAGCAUUAAAAGAAGCACAGUCUCCCAUGACACAUCAGAUCCAAGAAGCUGAGGAGCAGUGUGCAAGUCUGGAUAGGAGAAUCAGAGAGAGGACUGUAGCUAUCAAAGAAACCUCUCAGAAAUGUAAACAGCAACAGGAUGCUUUGGAGAGAAAAGAUAAAGAAGUUGAGGAUGUUAAACAAGCUUUCAGGAUGAAGAGAGAGGAAGAAACGGAUAGAAAGAAGAAAAUACUCAACACUCGUAAGAUGAUUGAAGACUGGAAAAAUGAGCUAAGAAAUACAGAUAGUUCUGAAAAUAUUCAGCCACAAGAGGAUUUGGUUAAUGCUGAGCUGAGGCAAUUGGGGGAAGAGAAAGCAAAUAUUGAUGGUGAAAUAAGUGGUCUGCGAAGAGAAAUAGAUAAUUUGCUGAGGGGAAAAAAAGGGAUAGAUGAUCGCAUUGUAGAGUUUGACAAUAUGAUGACUAUGAAAGAAGAGAAGCUCAAAGGGAGAUUCCGAGACACACACAAUGCUCUUAUGUGGCUAAGAAAGAACAGAGAUCGAUUUAAAAGACGUGUCUGUGACCCCAUGAUGCUUGCAAUCAACAUGAAAGACCAAAGACAUGCUAAAUAUGUUGAGAAUCACAUUUCAUCCAACGAUAUGAGGGCCUUUGUCUUUGAGAUUCAAGAAGAUAUGGAAAUCUUUCUAAAAGAAAUGCGUGAUAUUCAGAAAUUAAAAGUGAAUGCUGUGUGUGCACCUAGUGAAUCUUCGGCUGAAAAAAGACCUUUAAAAUCAAUUGAAGAGCUGUACCGCUAUGGAUUUUUCUCAUACAUGCGAGAGUUAUUUGAUGCUCCACAUCCUGUGAUGAAUUAUCUGUGCCACCAAUAUCACAUUCAUGAGGUCCCUGUGGGAACAGACAAGACCAGAAAUAUGAUUGAAAGGGUCAUAAAGGAAACCAAACUUAAACAAAUCUACACUGCAGAAGAAAGAUAUUAUGUGAAAAUAUCUGCCUAUACAAAUCAAGCUGUGUCCAGUAACACAUCAUUGAGGCCGGCACAGUUCCUAAAUGUCACAGUGGAUGCAGAUGAAAGAAGACAGUUGGACAAUCAACAGAAUGAAAUUAACAAGAAGUUGCAGUUAUUGACUUCUCAAAUGACAGAGCUAUCUGGGAGACAAAAGCACCUGGAACACAGAGACAAUGAACUCAGACAACAGAAGAAAGAACUUUUGGAACGAAAAAAUAAAAGGAAACAGUUGGAAUCAAAAAUUAGUAUGAAAUAUGACAGUUUAAGACAGAUGGAACAAGAAGCUAUCAAUCUGGAAGAAGAGUCUGAGCAAGCAAAUGCUAAGAUUAAAAAAAUUAAUGCCGAGAAAGUAAAACUUGUAGCAGAAUUUACGCAACUAAUAAAGAAUUGUGUGACCCUGAACAAAUACAAAAUGGAUUUGGUUCUACAGAAUACCACAGCAACUUUCCACAAGAAUAGUCUUGAGGCUGGAUAUAGAGCUGCAGCUGUACAGCUACAAGCUGUAGAGCAACAAUUUAUGGAACUGGAAGAAAGAAAACGCACUCUUCUUGAGAACUGUAAAGGUUUAAUGAGGAAAGCUCGGCAGGCUUGUAACCUUCGCGCAGAUCAAGAACUUCCAGAUGAUUUGAAGGAUGCGUUCCGAGCUCUCCCAAACACACUGGAUGAAAUUGAUGCUUCACUGAAUGAGGAGAAAUCAAGAGCUUCCUGCUUCACAGGCCUCAGCCCUUCAAUUGUUGAAGAAUGUAAUAAAAGGACAGAAGAAAUAGAGCAGAUGACAUUGGAGCUAGAGGAAAAGAAAAAAGAACUGGAGGACUAUAGAAAAAACAUUUCACAGGUUAAGGAAAGAUGGCUAAACCCUCUGAAACAGCUGGUUGACAAGAUUAAUGAAAAGUUCAGUACCUUUUUUAGUUCUAUGCAGUGUGCAGGGGAAGUGGAUCUUCAUACAGAUAAUGAGGAAGAAUAUGACAAAUAUGGAAUUCGAAUUAAAGUGAAAUUCCGCAGCAGCACCCAACUUCAUGAACUGACUCCACACCAUCAAAGCGGAGGGGAGAGAAGUGUUUCAACUAUGUUGUACUUGAUGGCUUUGCAAGAACUCAACAAAUGCCCCUUUAGAGUAGUAGAUGAAAUAAAUCAGGGAAUGGAUCCAGUUAACGAAAGGAGAGUCUUUGAUGUGGUGGUAAAAACUGCUUGCAAAGAGAGCACUUCUCAGUACUUCUUUAUUACACCAAAGCUCUUGCAAAACCUCACUUAUGCAGAGAAAAUGACUGUAUUGUUGGUCUACAAUGGAUCUUAUACAUUAGAAUCGAGCAAGUGGAAUUUAAAGGCUUUCUAUAGGAGACGGCGGCGAUUUCAGCCAUGAUUAAUCAAUAAAUAUUUUAAUGUUUUUUGGUUCCUAGAACAAAAAGUAUAUAUAUUUCACCUUUUAUUAUCAUUAUUUUCCUCUUGCAAGCACAGUUUAGGGGUGGGUGGGUGCAGGGGGGUUGAUGAGAUCAGGAGAGCCUUUUCAUACCAGCAAUCAGUUGUCUUUGGUGAUGGAUUGGGGAAAGAAAUGUAGGCUUUCACUUGAAGUUUCCUUUCAUAAUUUUGGGAGCUUUGACAUGUGUUUUGUAAAUGUUUUAAUAUAGCUUUUUGGACUUAUUGGUGAACUGGUAAAUAUUUUACCAAAUCUGUUCAAUAGGAACAUUUGUCACCAUCAAUAAUAAUUCAACUCAAAGGAGAAUACUUAGGCCAUUUGAUUACAGUGUCUGUAGUUAAUAAGUUAAGCUGGGUUAUAAAGACCUCCAAUUGCUGCUAAGGUAUUAUCUUAAAUUGUGCUCUGGAAGUGACAGUGGUUUCAGACACUUUCCAAAAACAUAAAAUAUGCAAUGUCUUUUUCUCUUAAUUUAAGAGGAAGUUUUUUGUUUGACUAAUGUUUGCUUAUUUUAUACAAUGUGCCAUCCUUAGAUGGGAAAUGUUAAAUUUUACCUCAAAUAUUUUUUUAUUAAAAAAAGCUAAUCCCCUGCAGAAAAAAAAAAUCUAGCAAACUUUUUAAUAUAAUAAAUUUAUAUUGGAAAUUA